CACGUGCGCGCCUGCAUCGUCAUCAACCCGGCCUACGUCGUCGCUGUAGAUCCCGACAGUACCGCGGGACACCCACACAAGUAACGAGCAGAUCAAGUAAAAGAGAGAGCAAAGUGCGCGCGCCGGUUGCGAUCCCCACCAACCAACGAGUAGACACACGUACGCUGCACACCAGCUAGGAAUCCUAGCGCCGAGAAGGACAGAGCUAGAGCGUGUCAGAAGGCAGCCGUAGCAGCAGCAGUGUACCUGGCUGGCCGAUAAAAUGAAUGAGAAUGAUAAGUCAGUCAAGUGCGAGAGCUCGCAGGCCGAGCAGGAGGAGAACGAGAUGGUCGAGCGCGAGCUGGCCGAGGACGCCGAGUGGAAGAGGAUCCAGCAGAACACGUUCACUCGCUGGGCCAACGAGCAUCUAAAAUGUGCCAACAAUCACAUCUCGGAUCUCGAGAGCGAUCUGUCCGAUGGGCUCAAGCUCAUCGGUCUCAUCGAGGUCCUUGCUCAGAAGAGGCUGCCCAAGCACAACAAGAAGCCGACCUUCAGGUCGCAGAAGCUCGAGAACGUCUCCGUGGCGCUCAAGUUCCUCGAGAAUCAGGGCAUUCGCAUCGUUAACAUCGACUCCACGCACAUCGUCGACUGCAAGCUCAAGCUAAUCCUCGGCUUGAUAUGGACGCUCAUCCUGCACUACUCGAUCUCGAUGCCCAUGUGGGACGGCGACGACUUUGGCGACGACAAGGGCGCUACACCCAAGCAACGUCUCAUGAACUGGAUCAAGUCCAAGAUCCCGGAGCUGCCCAUCAACAACUUCACCUCCGACUGGAACGACGGACGGGCCGUCGGUGCUCUCGUCGACGCUGUCGCACCGGGUCUCUGUCCCGACUGGCAGGACUGGAAUCCCAAGGACGCCGCGCAGAACGCCUCCGAAGCCAUGGGUCUCGCCGACGACUGGCUCAAUAUUCCUCAGCUCAUCAAACCGGAGGAGAUGGUUAACCCGAACAUCGACGAGAUGUCCAUGAUGACGUAUCUGUCCCAGUACCCCAACGCCAAGCUAAAGCCAGGUGCACCAAUCCGUCCGAGAACAAACCCGAACAGGGUACGUGCCUACGGUCCCGGAAUCGAACCUUCAGGUCCGAUAAUCGGAGCGCCAGCCAACUUCACCGUGGAAACCUUUUCCGCCGGCAAGGGUAAUGUCGAGGUCACCGUCGACGAUCCCAAGGGUCUCAAGCUACCGGUUGACAUAAGAUUCAACAAGGACCGCAAUCUCACGUACUCGGUGUCUUACACACCGGUGAACGAGGGCCUGCACAAAGUGAAGGUGCAAUUCGCGGGUCGCGAGAUCCCGAAGAGCCCGUUCCCCGUGUCCGUCGAAGGUCACGCCGGUGACCCCAGCAAGGUCACCGCCAGCGGACCUGGUCUCCAGCCCGACGGCGUAGUCGUCAACAGGCCCACCUUCUUCGACAUCUUCACCAAAGAUGCGGGAAGGGGCGUGCCCGAAGUCAUAAUUCUCGACCCUCAGGGCCAGAAGACAACCGUCCCGGUAAAGCUCCGUCAAACCUCGCCGGACGUCUGGCGCUGCGAGUACGUCUCGCCGGUGAUCGGCCUGCACUCCGUCAACAUCUUCUUCGCGGGCAAGUUGAUCCCCAACAACCCGAUCGGAGUGCGCGUAGCACCGGUCUCCGAUGCGAAGAAGUGCAAGGCCUUCGGCCGUGGUCUCCUGGCCAACGGCGUGCGCGUCAAGGACGACGCCGACUUUGUCAUCACCACCAAGGACGCCGGCGAGGGAGUGGCUGACGUUAAGAUCAUAGCGCCUGGUGGCGUCAACCUGCCGGCUAAGAUCACGAAGGUCAGCGACGACACCUACGACUGCCACUACUAUCCUGUGAAGGAGGGCCGUCACGUGGUUAUGGUGACCUACGGUGGCAAGGAAAUCCCGAAAUCGCCCUUCGAAGUGAACGUCGCGCCUUAUAAGGAGUCCGCCAUCCGAGUCUUCGGACCGGGUCUGCUCGGAGGUAUCGUCGGACACCCGGCGAGAUUCACCGUUGAUACCAACGGCGAGACCGGCGCUCUGGGCUUCUCGAUCGAAGGCCCCAGCAAAGCCAAGAUCGACUGCGUUGACAACGGCGAUGGAACUGCUGAUGUUUCUUACAUGCCGACUGCGCCGGGACCUUAUGCCGUGCACAUCCUCUGCGACAACGAGGACAUCCCGAAGUCACCUUACAUUGCUCAGAUCGUGCCCAAGAGCGACUUCGAUCCUGACAAAGUCGAAGUUCACGGACCCGGAGUUCAGCCGGUCGGUGUAGUCAGCGACAAGCCGACCAAUUUCACAGUCGACGUAAAGAAAGCCGGCCAGGCCCCUCUGGAGGUAGCUAUCCAAGACGCCUUCGGCAGGGAUGUACCGAUCAAGCUGGAAGACAAGCGUGACGGCACUAUUCAGGCGCACUACAAGCCGACCUCCGGCUCGCAGCACGUUGUCAUGGUCAAUUACGGAGGAGUCGCCACCAAGAAAUCGCCUUACAGAGUUAAAGUAGAGGCUCCCUUGAACCCAGCCCUAGUACAGGCCUUUGGACCGGGAUUGGAGAAUGCCAAGACCAACACGCCGACGCACUUCAAUGUCAACUGCCGCGAGGCUGGACCUGGAGAGCUCAAGGUCGACAUGAAAACGCCAGACAAUCAUGACCUUCCGAUUUCUCUUACCGAUAACGAGGAUGGAACCUACACCGUCGACUAUGUCGCACCCGAUCCAGGAACCUACACCGUCAAUCUCAAUUACGGAGGUCUGAAAGUGCCCAAGAGUCCACUUAAAGUCAAUGUGCAGCCGCGCGUCGAUGUGUCCAAGGUCAAAGUCGAUGGAUUGUCAAACACCGCGCCCGUCAACAGUCUCCAGCAGUUUCGCGUGCUGACGCAGGAGGCCGGCCGGCCCGCGGACAUACAGGUGGCCAUUACCGCGCCAUCGGGUGGCCGUUGCAAGGCCCACGUGCUCCCGACCCACGAGGGCUACCUCGUCAACUUCACACCCACCGAGCUCGGCGAGUACCUCAUCGGCGUGAGCUUCGGCGGCGAACCCAUCCAGGGCUAUCCCCACCGCAUGACCUGUCUACCCACCAGCGAGCCCUGGCGAGUUAGGGCGUCGGGUCCAGGUCUCAGUACCGGGAUCGUCGACAAGCCUGCCGAGUUCGUUAUCGACACGAGGGGGGCCGGACAAGGUGGUCUGGGAGUGACGGUGGAGGGACCCUGUGAAGCAGCCAUUAACUGCAGGGACAACGGCGACGGCACCUGCUCUGUAGCCUAUCUGCCAACUGAGCCCGGCGACUACGUCAUCAACAUCACCUUCAACGAUCAGCAUAUACCUGGCUCACCGUUCCAGGCGAUGAUCGACGAGCUUCCGCCGCUAGAUCUCAGCAAGAUCAGGCUCUCGGGCAGCGGCAUACAGCCUCAUGGUCUGAACGUCUACCAGCCAACCGAAUUCACCAUCGACACCCGUGCGAUCGGUAAGCCAAAGGGUGAGAGCGAGAACAUCGGUUGCCACAUCAAGAACCCGAGCGGCGGUGUCACCGAGAAGAUCAUCACCCCGCAAGCUGAUGGCACCUAUCGCGUCAGCUACACACCGUUCGAGGAGGGCAAGCACACCAUCGACAUCCUUUACGACAACAUCCCUGUGCCGGGAUCACCCUUCAGUGUAAAUGUCAAGAACGUUAGUGACGCGAGCAAGUGCCGCGCCUACGGACCAGGUUUGCAGAAGGGUAUCGUCAACAAGCCCAACAAGUUCACCGUCGAGACCAAAAACGCUGGAACCGGUGGUCUCGGUCUUGCUAUCGAGGGACCCAGUGAAGCUGUUGUGUCCUGCAAGGACAACUGCGAUGGAACCUGCAGUGUCGAGUACCUGCCGACUGAACCCGGCGAUUACGAUAUCAGCAUCAAGUUCGCCAAUCAGGACAUUCCCGGAUCGCCCUUCAAGGUUCAAGCCGAGCAGCCUAACGACUCAAACGUGGUAGCCUACGGACCAGGUCUCCAGCCGCAGAUGGUGCGCGAAGGUGUGCCCGCGACUUUCACCGUCGAUUCAACCAAGACAUCGAACGCUAUGCUGGACGUAAAGGUGAAGACAGACCGUGGCAGCAUCGGCAAGCCCGAGAUUAAGCGUAUUCGCGAUGGAGUGCACGAGGUGACCUACAUGCCCGGACAAGCCGGUAGCACUGCAACCGUCGAAGUCAACUACGGCGGCAAGCCCGUCCAGAACAGUCCAUUCAAGGUCAAGGUCGAGCCCGGUUGCGAUCCCAACAAAGUCGUGCUCUCGGGACCAGGCGUCUCGUCUAUAACCACUGCUUCCUUCCCAGCCGACUUUGUCAUCGAUACGGCCAAGGCUGGAUUCGGCGACCUGGAAGUUCAAGUUUUGGGCCCAGACCAGUCACCGCGCAAAGUUAACAUCCAGAACAUCGGCGACGGCAAGUACAAAGCAACUUACCUGCCCGACGACUGUGGUCGGUACAAGGUGAACGUCAAAUACGGCGGCAAGGAUGUGCCCAACAGCCCGGUGAGCGUGCAGAGCGUAUCGACCGGUAAGGCCGACGCGUGCAAGAUCAAGGAGGGCGUGCAGCGCACUCUUGCCCAGGGCGAAGAGUACUGCAUUACCGUCGACACCGAGAACGCCGGACGCGGUGCCGUCACCUGCCGCAUACGCUCUACCUCCGGAAGCGAGGACGUCGACAUCGACAUUCAGGACAACGCCGACGGCACAGUCGACGUCUUCUACUCGGUCGAGGAUGCCGGGGAGUACACUCUCAGCAUCAAGUUCGGCGGACAGCCGAUCCCCAACGGCAUGUACACCUUCAAAGCGUCGGAGGAGUACAGAGAGACGACGACCAGUCAUAAAACUCGUCGAGGCAGAAGGACGAACAAGCACCAAGAGGAGCACAUAGUCGAGCAGCACACAGAGAGCAGCUCGACCUACACCAAGCGCAGCACCACCAGCAAGCAGCAGUUCAACGUCAUCCGACUGAACGGCAUACCCGUACCAUCGAUCGGCGCUGGCAAAAUCGCAUCGGAAGUCAAGAUGCCCAGCGGAAACGUGGACAAGCCCGUGGUCGAGGAUAACCGCGACGGUACCGUCUCCAUCAAGUACGAGCCCAGAGAGGAGGGCACCCACGAGGUCUACGUCAAGUACAAUGGCGAGCACGUGCAGGGUUCACCCUUCAAGUUCCACGUGGACUCGCUGGCCAGCGGCUACGUCACGGCCUACGGCCCUGGUCUGAUCUACGGAGUCUGCGGUGAGCCCGGCAACUUCACGAUCUCGACCAAGGGUGCCGGCGCCUGUGGCCUGUCCAUGGCAGUCGAGGGUCCCAGCAAGGCCGAGAUCUCCUGCCACGACAACAAGGACGGCACCGUCUCGGUGUCGUACCUGCCCACGGCGCCCGGCGAGUACAAGAUCUCCGUGAAGUUCGGUGACAAGCACAUUAAGGGUAGCCCCUAUCUCGCCAAGAUAACCGGCGAGGGCCGCAAGCGCAACCAGAUCUCGGUGGGCUCCUCCUCGGAGGUGCAGCUGCCGGGCAAGGUAAGCGACGCGGACAUCCGCUCGUUGAACGCCUCGAUCACGGCGCCGAGCGGCCUGGAGGAGCCUUGCUUCCUCAAGAAGAUGCCCAGCGGCAACAUCUGCGUGUCGUUCACGCCCCGCGAGGCCGGCGCCCAUGAGGUCUCGGUCAAGCGGAUGGGCAAGCACAUCGCCAAUUCGCCCUUCAAGAUCGACGUGAAGGACCGGGAGGUGGGCGACGCUAAGAAGGUCAAGGUGUCCGGCUCGGCGCUGAAGGAGGGCAAGACCCAAGUGGACAAUACCUUCUCCAUCGACACCCGCAACGCCGGCUACGGUGGUCUCUCCCUCUCCAUGGAGGGCCCGAGCAAGGCCGAGAUCCAGUGCAAGGACAACGAGGACGGCACCCUGAACAUCUCGUACAAGCCCACGGAGCCGGGCUACUACAUCAUGAACCUCAAGUUUGCCGACCACCACGUUGAGGGCUCGCCGUUCACGGUUAAGGUCUCCGGAGAGGGCAGCAACCGGCAGCGCGAGAAGAUCCAGCGACGCCGCGAGGCUGUGCCCAUCACUGAGGUCGGCAGCCAGUGCAAACUGACGUUCAAGAUGCCGGGCAUCACGUCGUUCGACCUGGCCGCCACCGUCACGUCGCCCGGAGGCGUUACCGAGGACGCCGAGGUCAAGGAGAUCGAAGACGGGCUCUACGCCGUCGCCUUCAUGCCCAAGGAGCUCGGCGUUCACACAGUGUCGGUGCGCUACAAGGACAUGCACAUCCCCGGCUCGCCAUUCCAGUUCACGGUCGGUCCUCUGAGGGACGAAGGUGCCCACAGGGUCCACGCCGGUGGUCCAGGUCUGGAGCGCGGAGAGCAGGGCGAGCCCUGCGAGUUCAACAUCUGGACGAGGGAAGCCGGAGCCGGUACCCUGGCCGUCUCCGUCGAGGGUCCCAGCAAGGCCCAGAUCGACUUCAAGGAUCGCAAGGACGGCAGCUGCUACGUCAGCUACGUCGUCUCCGAGCCCGGCGAAUACAGGGUGGGAAUAAAGUUCAACGACCAGCACAUCCCGGACUCGCCGCACAAGCUGUACGUCGCCCCGGCGAUGGGUGACGCGCACAAGCUCGAGAUCGCACAGUUCCCCGAGGGCAGCAUCCAGCCGGACAAGCCGUACACAUUCCUCGUUCGUAAGAAUGGCGCCAAAGGCGAGCUCGACGGAAAGAUCGUCUCGCCGAGCGGCAUCGAGGACGACUGCUUCAUCCAGUCGAUCGACUCCGAGGAGUACUCGGUGCGCUUCAUGCCGCGCGAGAAUGGCAUCCACAACAUCCACAUAAAGUUCAACGGGGUGCACAUAAACGGCAGCCCCUUCCGCGUGAAGGUUGGCAAAGUCGACGCCGACCCUGCGGCCAUCCACGCGCACGGUAACGGACUGAAGGACAUCAAGACCGGACAGAAGACGGACUUUAUCAUCGACACGUGCAACGCGGGCGCUGGCGCCCUCGGCGUCACGGUCGACGGACCCAGCAAAGUCGCCAUGGACUGUACCGAGGUCGAGGAGGGUUACAAGGUCAGGUAUACGCCACUGGUGCCCGGUGACUACUACAUCAGCAUCAAGUACAACGGCUACCACAUCGUCGGCUCGCCCUUCAAAGUUACUGCCACCGGAGCCGACUUGGCGGAACGAGGAGCCCAGGAGACGAGUCACAUAACCGUGGAGACGGUGCAAAAGUUCUCGAAGGCCAAGCAGGCUGGCCCGGUGCUGCCGCACUUCAAGUCGGACGCCACCAAAGUCACGAGCAAGGGUAUGGGCUUGAAGAAGGCCUACCUCGGCAAGCAGAAUCAAUUCACGGUGAACGCCAGCGAAGCUGGCAACAACAUUCUGUUCAUCGGCAUGCACGGGCCUAAGGGACCCUGCGAAGAGGUAUUCCUGAAGCACACGGGUCGCAACAGCUACAACGUGAGCUAUCUGGUGCGCGAGCGAGGGGAGUACAUCCUCAUUGUCAAGUGGGGCGACGACCACAUUCCCGGCUCGCCCUUCAAGGUCGACGUCUAGAUCUCCGCGCACGUGCCCCAUUACGAGCCAUCACCUACAUACAUAUACAAUCGAACGUAUAAUUCAUCGCCAUCGACACUUUUGUUCAUCAUCGACGCUUUCCACGAUGUCGUCGAAGGAAGAGAAGAUAGAGAAAGGAAGAGAAGAGUCAUGUACGAGUCAAAGUCGACGAGCGCGCGGAGAGCGGCCCAUCAGUUUUGUUUUGUAAACUAUUGAUACACGCUGCUGCGCGGCCCGUUGACCACGAUGAUGUUUUUUUUCUUUAAUGUGUAUAAUUAUUAUUAUUACUACUCCUACUAUAGAAAUCGAUGUGUACAGGACGAACUCACUGGCCCGAGAGUAUAACCGAGAGGAGCCUAAAUAGCAUCCAUCAUUUGCGUGUUUAAUGUAAUUAAAAGCAAAAAUGAAGCACUGCACUCUGAGAGUCAAUUGUAGAACGAUAUGUCAAAAAUGAAAUCCGUGUCUCGCCGAAUGUGCCUUAUUGCCGUAUGUAUCAUGAAAAAUGUACUUGUACGAACGAGAAUCAAUCAAAUGUUAACUCUCUCUCUGUCACCUAGGCGUGUAAACGGUAUAUUAUAUAAAUGAAUUUUAGUUUUCUCAGGUGGAGCAUCACUGUUAAUUAUUAUCUCUUGAUACAAGAAGAACAAAACUGAAGAAAUGACCUUACACUAUAAUUGUCUAUAUUUUAUCGAUUAUCACACAGCCGCAUUAUAGAGUAUAUAAAAAUACAUUGCAUAUUGUUUAUGAUAUAUGAAUAUAGAAAUAAAGCUAAUAUAUUUAUUAAAGAAAA